AUGUAUCCACAACAAUUUCCUGCACCAGCAUCAGCACCACCACCACCACCAUCAGAUCCAAAUCAAGUGGGUUUUAAUUCAUUACAAACAAUGAAUGGUCCAGGUGCAGUUGAUAACGAAGAACGCUUAAGAAAAUUUCAAUAUCUAGUCAAUCGCUAUGAAAUUAAUCGAGAAUUUGCAACAAGAUUAAGAGCAUUAGAAGGUUAUGAAAUAGUAUUUAUUGUUGACGAUUCUGGAUCUAUGAAUACACCAUUAGGUGAUCUUUCCAGUCCAUAUGAUCGUAAUCCAACAAGAUGGGAUGAACUUCGACAAACUGUUUCAAUUGUAGUUGAUAUUGCUUCUGUUUUUGAUCCUGAUGGUGUUGAUAUUUUCUUCUUAAAUCGUGAACCAAUGCGUCAUGUUAAACAUUCUGAUGAGCUCAUUCCUAUAUUUGCUGUUCCACCAGCUGGUCCAACACCAAUUGUACGUGUACUUCGAUAUGUUCUAAGAGAAAAACAAUUAGAAAUACAAGAACGUAAACUUUUGCUUUUAAUUGCUACUGAUGGUGUGCCCACAAAUGAACAGGGACAACAAGAUAUAAAAUCAUUAGAAUAUGCACUUCGUUAUGAUAGAAAACCAACUAAUCGGGUUCCAGUUACAAUUAUUGCUUGUACAGAUGAUGGUGAUUGUAUUGGUUAUUUGAAUGAUUGGGAUAAGAAAAUACCUAAUCUUGAUGUUGCCGAUGAUUAUAGAUCUGAGAGAAAAGAAAUUCUCAAAGCUCAAGGAAAAGAUUUUCCGUUUAGUUUUGGUGAUUAUGUUGUCAAAGUAUUGAUGGGUGCUGUUGAUGAUUGGUUUGAUACACUUGAUGAACGUCGAGUAACUAGUCGUACUGGUUCAGGUCGACAAUCGAGUAAAGGAAAAAAGAAUAAAUCAUGUUCUAUACUAUAG